AUGGCAAAUAAAAUUGCCAUAAUUUUCUUGGUUUUUGCUAUUACUAUUCCAUGCUUUGAAGCUGGUAUUGCUGAGUUUGAUGAUUAUCUUAAAGCACAAGCUAAUUUAGCUCAUGAUAUUGCUCUUAAGUCUUAUAUUCCUGAUCCUGAAAAUAUUACAUCAGAGAUCAAUCAUCAUGUUCAUCUGUCAAUGGAAAAGUUUUUGGCGGAGGAAUAUUCAAAUAACACAAGGAGGGAACUUAGAGGACAUGGACGCCGUGGUGGUCGAGAAGGACCUUGCAUGGCCAGUAAUCCAAUCGACAGUUGUUGGAGGUGUAACAGGAAUUGGGCAAAUGAUCGUCAACGGUUAGCCAAAUGUGGAAAAGGUUUCGGUAGAAAGGCCGUAGGAGGACUUGGCGGAAAGUUCUACGUUGUCACAGAUCCUUCCGACAAUGAUAUGGUUAGCCCUAAACCUGGCACUCUCCGCUACGGUGCCACUCUAAAGGGACCGCUUUGGAUUAUUUUCGCACAUAGCAUGGUGAUUAGAUUGAAUCAAGAGUUGAUGGUUUCAUCCGACAAGACAAUCGACGGCCGUGGAGCCGAAGUUCACAUUAGGGAUGGUGCUGGAAUUACAAUGCAAUUCGUGAACAAUGUCAUCAUUCAUGGUCUUCACUUAAAGAACAUUAAGGCCAAGAACGGCGGUAUGAUUAGAGACGCAUAUGAUCACGUUGGACUAAGAACAAGGAGUGAUGGUGACGCUCUCUCCGUCUUUGGUUCAUCAAACAUCUGGAUUGAUCAUAUUUCGUUAUCCGAAUGCGAGGAUGGUCUUAUUGAUGUUAUUCAAGGCUCUACCGCAAUUACCAUCUCAAAUUGCCAUAUGACCAAACAUAAUGAUGUUAUGUUGUUUGGAGCAAGUGAUUCAUACACAGAAGACAAGAUCAUGCAAAUCACCGUUGCGUUCAACCAUUUCGGACAAGGAUUGAUCCAAAGAAUGCCAAGGUGUAGAUGGGGAUUCUUCCAUGUUUUGAACAACGAUUACACUCAUUGGCUCAUGUACGCAAUUGGUGGAAGUUCCGGUCCAACAAUUCUCAGUCAAGGAAACCGUUUCAUCGCUCCUAACAACAAUGCUGCAAAGACAGUGACACAUAGAGAUUACGCAGCAGAAAGUGUUUGGUCGAAAUGGCAAUGGAGAUCAGAAGGUGAUGUCUUCAUGAAUGGUGCAACAUUUAUUGAAUCCGGUGCGCCUAUUAAGAAUCUUCCAUUCAAGAAAGGGUAUCUGAUGAAACCAAGACAUGGAUCACAGGCUAAUAGGCUUACACGCUAUGCUGGUGCACUAAGUUGUAGGGUGGGUAAACCUUGCUAG